AUGGCUUCCACCUCUUCCUCUAUGGCUUCUCCUAAGGCUGACGGUAGCAACUAUGACGUCUUUCUAAGCUUUAGAGGAGAAGAUACUCGUAAUGCUUUUACUGAUCAUCUUUAUGAGGCCUUAGCACGAGCAGGACUCCGCACUUUUAGGGACAAUGAUGAAAUUGACCGAGGUCAAGAAUUAAAGCCGGAAAUCGGGAGAGCAAUCAAAAAAUCUAGGGCCUCGAUUGUUGUAUUAUCUGAAAACUAUGCAACUUCCACUUGGUGUCUUGAUGAGCUUCUGUUGAUACUCGAGCAAAGGAAGGAAUGUAAUCAGUUCGUUCUACCAGUUUUUUAUCACGUCGAUCCCUCGGAUGUCAGGAAACAAGAUAAAACUUUCAAGAUAGAAGUCAAAAUUUCUUCAAGGUGGACAGAAGAUAACGUGAACAAAUGGAAGGCGGCCCUUACAAAGGUUGCUGAUUUGACCGGUCUAGUUCUUUCCGGGCUUGAAACAAAGUUUUUGAACGAAAUUGUUGAUAUCAUAUACAAUAAACUAGAUCGCAAAGAAGUUCAUCUUCCACCCAAUCUAAUAGGGAUGGAUACUCGAAGUAAAGUGGUCAAUGUUUGGUUAAGGCAAUCUGUCCUCCAAUUUUUAAUAAUUUUCGGCAUGGGCGGAAGCGGCAAGACGACGUUAGCAAAGCACAUUUACGAUUCAAAUAGGAAUUUUUUUGAAAAUGCAAGUUUCGUUGAAGACAUUGRCGGUAGGUGUAGAAGACACACAAGUUUUGUUGUAGAGAGUGGCAGUAGAUAUAAAGGAGACACAGGUUUUGUUGAGCUACAACAACAACUACUCGAUGAUAUUUUAGGGGGCAAGAAGAGAAAUAUACCCAGUGUUUCACGAGGGACCUCUGUGUUACUGGGCAAGGUUCCAUGGGCUCGAUUAUUCUGGUUAAGUGCGAGUUGA